CUCACUAAAACAAUGAUCAGGCUGACCAAUUUUAGCAUUGAUGCCCCGCGCUGGGACCAGAACACUUUUCUGGGGCGCCUAAAGCAUUUCUUCAACAUCACAGACCCGCGGACGGUACUGGUGUCUGAACAUGAGCUGGACCGGGCUAAGGCACUGGUGGAAAGCUGCAGGGCUGGCCUGGUACCCACGGGAACCAGCCAGGAACAGCUGUUCUACGCCAAGAAGCUCUACGACUCUGCAUUCCACCCAGACUCGGGCGAGAAGAUGAACCUGAUUGGGAGGAUGUCAUUUCAGGUGCCCGGGGGAAUGGCCAUCACUGGCUUCAUGCUGCAGUUUUACAGGACAGUCCCAGCAGUCGUCUUCUGGCAGUGGGUGAACCAGUCAUUCAACGCCUUGGUGAACUACACCAACAGGAACGCAGCCUGCCCCAUCUCGCUCAAGCAAAUCGGAGUGGCUUACAUCACUGCCACAAGCACAGCCCUGGCGACCGCAGUGGGACUCAACCUGUACACUAAGAAAGCCCCACCCCUCGUGGCACGCUGGGUCCCGUUCGCAGCCGUGGCUGCUGCCAACUGUGUGAACAUCCCCAUGAUGAGGCAACAGGAGCUCAUUAAUGGGAUCAUGGUGACAGAUGAGAAGGACUGUGAACUGGGCCAUUCCAGGGUUGCUGCAGUCAAGGGAAUUACCCAGGUGGUGAUCUCCAGGAUCGUCAUGGCAGCACCUGGCAUGGUUCUUUUGCCAAUUCUCAUGGAGCGGCUGGAGAAGUUCCCCUUCAUGAAGAGAAUUCAGGUCCUCCACGCGCCUUUACAAGUGAUGCUGGUCGGGGGCUUCCUCCUGUUCAUGGUGCCGGUUGCCUGCUCGCUGUUCCCACAGAGAUGCUCUCUGGCGCUGUCUAGCCUGGAGCCGGAGCUCCGAACCUCCAUCCAGGCCAAGCACGGGGACUGCGUGCCUUACGUCUAUUUUAACAAGGGACUGUAAAUCGAGCCUCUACCUCAGGAGCCAUCCACGGCCCUGCACCGCGCUCCGUAAGGCCACCUGCAGCUGCAGGGCUGUAAGCUGGAGAUGGGCUCAGGACAUACCAAUCAGACCUGGAUUCCCCCGCACCCCUGGCUGCCAAAGUAUUGGGGGGGUGGGGGCAGAUCUGUGAGUGACUUCUGGCUCCUCUUUGGUUUAGCCCUGUAUCUUCUGCUCCCCUAACCAGAUUUGGGGCCUGCCUCUGAGUGACUGACACCUGCUGGGGGCGCUCCGUCUG